UCUCUCUGCUUCUUUAACAAUGAGAAGUUGCAAAGAUGACAGUGUCUCGAGGAAGCCCGGAGGAGGUACACGUCGGCUGUGACGCUUACAAAGUUCUCACAUUUCUGCCUAUGCACUGAAACUCCUCUGUAAAGAUGCUAACUCUCCGAGCAUGUCUGGUGCUGGGAUCCGUCUUCCUCUUGUGCGAAGUCUCACUCGCGGCCAAGAAGCCUCAGAACCAAGAUGUUGUGCAGCUGACGGAGGCACUGACGGCGGCGCUCAAGGAAGUGGCGAAUGUGCGAUUCACCUGCCCUCCGCCAUUCACCCGGAUCGUCAAUGAGUGUUUUUACUUCAACCACAUCCACCCUAUGCUGACCUGGGACGACGCCCGCUACGUGUGCCAGAGUGCGGGAGGCGACCUGGCGGAGCCCGAGCAUUUCGGGGCCCUGUACCUGUUCCUUUACACUCAGAGAAGUGAGUCGGGAUAUCUGGAAUAA